CAUCUGUCCUUUGUUUUCCUCCAUCUCGUCGACGAAUUGUUGAGAUGAGAGCCAUGGCAGCGGCAAGACUGUUUAAACUUAGCCCUCAGCGUCUCCUCGUCCUCUCCUCUUUGCUCUUGGCUUUGGGUUCCUUCUUGGACCUGAGAUGCAGAGCGCAGACACAGAGACUGGUAGAGUCUGAAGUUGAAGUUCUACAAACAAUUGGCUCAAAGUUGAACUGGAACUUCGGUAUGGACCCUUGCAGAGGGGCUCCAGUACAGCAAGACCCAGAUAACGAGAAUUACUUCAUCAACAGUGUCACUUGUGGUUUGUGUGACAACAUAACCAAUACUUGUCAUGUCACUUCCAUCCAGCUGAAGGAGCAGAAUUUGAUUGGAGAGCUGCCGGCUGAGUUUGCCGACCUUACUUAUUUAGAUACGCUAGAUCUGACAAGAAACUAUCUGAAUGGAACUAUCCCAGCUAAAUGGGGAACUCUUCGCCUCACCACUCUGUCUCUUUUGGGAAAUCGAAUAUCUGGGAGCAUCCCCAAAGAGCUGGGAAAUAUUACGACACUCAGAUCGCUGAUAUUAGAAGCAAACUCUCUAGAAGGCUCAAUUCCUGAAGCCCUUGGCCAGCUCAGGAAUUUGACUCGCUUAUGUCUUUCAUCAAAUAAUCUGACAGGGGAAUUACCUGAAUCACUUGGCAAUCUCCUUGAGUUAGAGGACUUUAGAAUAGAUGGCAACCCAAUUUCUGGCAGAAUACCAAGUUUCAUUGGUGACUGGACAAAACUUGUUCACGUUGACAUGCAAGGGACGACAUCUAUGGAAGGUCCGUUUCCUGAUAGCUUCUCCAGACUGGAAUCGAUAACUGAGCUGAGGUUGACUGACUGGAAAGGCGGAGAUGGACAAUUUCCUCCACUGCAGAAUAUGACUCAAAUGAGGAAAUUGAUUCUUAGGAACCUGUCAAUUUCUGGUGAAAUUCCUGAUUAUAUAAGAAGGAUGACAAACCUAAAAGUUUUAGAUUUAAGUUUUAACAACUUGACCGGGCAAAUUCCAGUUAGCUUUAGUGCACUACCAAAUUUACGAUAUAUGUUCCUGACCAAUAAUAAGCUCAGUGGAAGCAUUCCAUCAUGGAUUUUGAGAAGUAACAAUAAUUUGGAUCUUUCUUAUAAUUUUUUUAAUGGUUCUACACCAGCAUUCUGCCAGCAACAUAAAGUGAAUUUAGUUUCAAGUUUUUCGUCUACAAAUGAGAACUUGGGACCUUCAUGCUUAAGGAAGAAUCUCCCUUGUUCAGGGAAAUCAAGAAAUUGUGAGUUGUUCAUUAAUUGUGGUGGUAGUAAAGUGGUUGUCGAUGGGCAUGAGUACCAACAAGAUUUACAUGACACUGAUGAUUAUUCUAUCUAUCGUGAGAGCCAAACUGGAGCAUGGGCAUGCAGCAGUACUGGAAUCUUUCUAGGAAAUGAGAACCUACAAAAUUUUAUUGCACGGAAUUCAUCAAUCCUUAAUAUGAGCAAUCCAGAAUUGUACAUGACAGCUCGACUUAGUCCUCUUUCCCUGAAAUACUAUGGUCUAUGCCUACAGAAAGGAAAUUACACAGUGAGUCUCCAUUUUGCUGAGAUUGUGCUCACUGAUGACCAAACAUAUGCUAGUACAGGAAGACGUUUGUUUGAUGUAUCAAUCCAGGGUCAAAAAUUUCUGCAGGAUUUCAACAUUGCAAAAGAAGCUAAUGGAACUGGCAAGGUGCUUAUCAAAAACUUCACUACUUGGGUUGAUGACACACUUGAAAUUCACUUUCAGUGGCGUGGCAAGGGAACAAAUUCCAUCCCUUGGAGGAGUGUAUAUGGACCUCUUAUCUCAGCCAUUUCUAUCACUCCGAAUUUUGAGGCUGAUUGCAAGCAUAAAAGCAAGCUAUCUGUUGGGAUUAUUGUGGCCAUUGUUAUAACAUCUUGUUUUGUACUUAUUCUUGCCUUGAACAUCAUUUGGUUUUGUUUCAUCAGGAAAGAUCCUCGAGACAAUGAACUCAAAGGCCUUGAGUUGCAAACUGGAUACCUCUCUCUGAAACAGAUUAAAGCUGCUACUAGAAAUUUUGAUCCUGAAAAUAAGAUAGGCGAAGGUGGGUUCGGUCCAGUGUACAAGGGUGUCCUGUCAGAUGGUUCCAUAAUAGCUGUCAAGCAACUUUCUUCCAAAUCUAGGCAAGGGAACCGUGAAUUUAUCAAUGAAAUAGGAAUGAUAUCAGCUUUACAACAUCCAAAUCUAGUGAAGCUCUAUGGUUGUUGUAUAGAAGGAAAUCAAUUGUUGCUUAUCUACGAAUACAUGGAGAAUAAUUCUCUUGCUCGUGCUUUAUUUGAUACAAGGCUAAACUUGGGUUCAAUAGGUCCAUCGAAAUAUUGUCUCAAUCUAGAAUGGCAAACAAGACGCAAUAUUUGCAUAGGGAUAGCGAGAGGAUUGUCAUAUCUUCACGAGGAGUCGAGGCUGAAGAUUGUUCACCGAGACAUCAAGGCGACAAAUAUUCUACUAGAUAAAGACCUCAAUGCUAAAAUUUCGGACUUUGGUUUGGCUAGACUUGAUGAAGAAGAAAACAGUCAUAUCAGCACAAGAAUAGCAGGGACAGUAGGUUAUAUGGCUCCAGAGUAUGCAAUGAGAGGUUACUUAACAGACAAAGCAGAUGUAUAUAGUUUUGGGGUGGUGACACUAGAAAUUGUCAGCGGAAUAAGCAAUACUAAUUACACACCCAAGGAGGAAUUUGUUUAUCUUCUUGAUUGGGCGUGUGAUUUGCAAGAGCAGGGAAAUUUGCUUGAAUUAGUUGACCAAAGCCUUGGCUCCAACUACUCAAAGGAGGAAGCACUGCAAAUGCUGGAACUGUCUCUUGUUUGCACCAACCCCUCCCCAACGCUCAGGCCUGCAAUGUCAUCUGUGAUAAGCAUGCUUGAAGGCAAGAUGCCGGUGAAGGUCAUGCCGGCAAAUCAAGCAGCUUCUACAGUUGACAACAUGAGGUUCAAAGCUUUGGAGAUGGUCUCCCAUGACAGCCAAACACAGAGCUCCCUGCCCAUCGAUUGAUUCCUCUAUCUCAGCAUCAAGUGGCAAGAACUCACGGGCAAAAACAAGCCACCCUCUGCAUAACUACACAGCUUAGCGCGAAGAAAUGUUGCUUUCAUCAGGAUCACGUUCAAACACUCAUGUGAAUGCUUAUAAAGAAAUGUGUUAUUUUUUAUCCUGAGGAAUAAUCACAAUCAUUUAAGUAAAUUCAGCCUUAGAAACUGCAACUAUAAAACUCAGUAAAACCUGUUCACUGUUUAGAUUCCUACUUAAGUUUUUUAUAGUAUCAUUUCAUUUCUCAGUAUUAA